AUGUUUCGCUCACUACUGGCCAUCACUGGCAGACGCCCAAGAUACAUAUUUCCUGAAGUCGACCCGAAAGUCGACGGAGACGACUGCCGCACCGACUGCAACGAAUGCACUGUGAAAUACCCUAGAAAUACGAAGAUCGACACGACUCUCCCAAUGUACGGAUUCAUCAAAGAGUUCCACGCGCACGUACUCGUUGCAACGGGGAAAACGGAUUGGAUCCAGAAGGUCGAACAAGAGGAGGGGAGUCUAAUGGAGGCAUUCAAAUCGGACGCAAAGUCCAAGCAUGGUCGUCUCAUGAUCUCUGCGUCGAAUCUCACUCCACCAGGUGGAGAGGUACCUGGCACUCCCAAGACAACAGUCCUCCUGCUACCGUCAUUUAUCUUUGUGGAUAGCGUUUCUUACUCAGAUGCCCAGCACGUGGUCGAGACUUUCAUUGACAUGCCACCGGGUAAUCCAACCCAAUCCAUUAGCAGUCCACAGUUAAGUUCCCGGCCAUGUCCACAUGACUACGUGGUCCUGCUGUGCUCGCACAAACGGCGAGAUGCGCGCUGUGGAAUUACAGCACCGUUGAUCAAAAAGGAGAUGGAGCGACAUCUGCGCGGACGUGAUCUUUACCGAGAUAUGGAUGAUGAGCGACCUGGAGGCGUGGGAAUUUAUUUUGUCUCCCAUGUUGGGGGACAUAAGUUCUCUGCAAAUGUGCUGGUUUAUCGGAAGAAAGAGCAGCAAAUGAUCUGGUUGGCUAGGGUCAAGCCGGAACAUUGUGAAGGAAUUGUGAAUUACACAAUCCUAGAGGGGAAGGUUGUUCAUCCGGAUUCCCAGCUUCGAGGGGGAUUUGAUAGAAUGAAAGGAUUAACAAGCUGGUGA